GUCGUUUUUCAACGACCUCUUCCCAACUGUAACUUUGUUCCAAUUUCCAAACCCCUUCGCCUGAGGGAGAGAGCAAAACCCUAAUUUUACAGAGAGAGAGAAAGGGCAAAGCAAACAGGCAUUGAAAUGAGCAACCGGCCUUUCGAUUCUCUUCCCCCGACAGAAAGCCUAGAAUUAGAGAACGGGCUUACGCUCGUACCGCGCGUGAAGCUCAACUUCACUAUCUAUCCCACCAACCCAACCGUGACCAAACCAGUCGAUGAGUGGAAGCUAAAGCUUGCUCUCAUAGACUUCCUCCAGACGUCUCUCUCCUCCCCCAUCACCGUCCCCGAAGAUGAUCUCGAGAUCCGGCGGCUCGGGGACCUCAAGAAACGCAAGCGCGAGGACCCCGUUGCCCAGGGCUCCAUUUGCAUUCGCGACUUAAGGUUUCUCAAUAGGACCACUAACCGGAGCAACGUGGAUGAAGAAGGAAAAGAAGAAGAGGAUGUGAAGGUCUUGGAGAAGAAGUACAUGGAUUGGAGAAAGUACAUCGUGGAGAAAAUGGACGGGAUGGAGUUGAAUCUUGAAGGUGUUAAGUACAGACUCAACGUCGCCGUUCCGGCGUCUGAUGAUUUCGAGGGAAUGAAGAAAGCUUGGGAGGAGUUUUACGCUUUUGGAAAUCGAGGGCAUUCUAGGAGCGGGAGGCAAGAGCCUGAUACUAUUGUAUUGAGGGGGCUACCGUCUCGGUGGUUUGCGGAGCCACUGGUUUCAUCUAAGCCUUCGAUGUUGGUUACACACUCCAUUUUUUCUAGACUUGGGAAUAUAAGGAAUCUUAAUGUUGCUGAGGACAAUGAUCUAGGUAAGGAAGCAGAGGAAAUUGUAAACAUAGUCUCAGGUCUUAGUUGUAAGAUUGUAGUCCAGUUCGAGAAAUUCAAGGACUUCUAUAAUGCCCUGAAGGUGUUAUCUGGCCGAUCAUUGCAAAAGCAAGGAUCUCGAUUGAAGGCUGAUUAUGAGGUUAAUUGGGACAAGGAUAGAAUGUUGCAGAAUUCAAGAAGUCACACGCAGGAAACUAGUAGGAUGUCAAAAAUGGCCGCAGGAAAUUACAGAAGUGAAGCUCCUAGACGUCAACAACAAAUUUCUCGCUCGAGUCCUGAUGAUGCACGGCGAAAAAGGUUCAAGGAUUAGGGAAUGUGAUGCACGUAUCGAUACUGCUUCACACAGCUUGGAUUUUAAGAAGCAAAUUCAAUUUGCAAAUUGAUCACUGUGUGUUGUACAACAACUUAUAAUCCGAUGGUCAGUUACCAUCGCCUGCCCUGAAGGUAGCUGCCAUUCUGUUAAUGGUGCUCCCGAAAGUUUGCCAUUUUGUUUGCUAAACGAGAAAAAUUGUAUUGGCGUUAAACAAGAAGAGUACUUUUAUUGAAGUUAUUUAUUUUUGACAAGGUAUUU